AUGAACAACGUUGAUGCAGCUGCAAAAAUGGAAAAUGAGUGUCAAAACAGUAAUGCUAGAGAGGCGCGUGGAGUUCACGCGCCGAUCUACGGAGGUGUCCGAAGAAGACCAUGGGAGAAGUAUGCGGCAGAGAUAAGAGACCCUAAGAAAAAUGGCGCAAGGGUAUGGCUUGGGACUUAUGAAUCAGCCAAGGAUGCAACUUUGGCUUAUGAUCAAGCCGCGUUUAAGCUGCGAGGCUCAAAAGCCGAGCUGAAUUUUCCUUAUUCGAUUCACUCAGGUGAUGCUGAGCCGGUUAAGCUCAUGCUGAUCAAGCGGCUCUUGCCUGAGCUGCCCUUGCCAUCCGCUAGUUAA